AUGGCGACUGGCCUAGAAGCAGCCCCAAUUCUUUCCACUCCGGAAACACAUAUUUUCGAGGCUUAUAAGAACCCCGCACCCCGCGUUACAAGGAGAAUCACCGACGACGAGCUUCGCGUUAAAUAUGAUAUCGACCGCACACUGAAGGAAAUAAGACAAGGAAAAUGGAAACGAAUAGCCCUGCAGUUCCCAGAUGAUAUGCUCCCGGAUGCGCCGCGGGUAUUUCAGCUUUUAAGCCGCGGCCUCGCAAACCUCGAUAGCACCUCUUCUUCUGGGGUAAGAGAUGAGGCAAACAGUGCAACCGGGGAGCUUGCAACUGAUUAUACUGCGAAUGGAACACAAAAGGGCGAUGUGGAUGACGUGACGAACUCGGUGGUUAACUCGCUAAAGAUUAGCGGUCCGCAGACACCGGAUCAUCCUCGCCUCUACAUUCUUGCGGACACCUCCUACGGAACUUGCUGUGUGGAUGAGGUUGCAGCUGAACACAUAAAUGCGGAUGUAGUUGUUCAUUAUGGGCGAGCAUGUCUAUCGCCAACUGCAAGAUUACCCGUCAUCUACAUCUUCACACGUAGGGAGCUUGAUGCUGCUCCAUUAAUUGAAGCGUUCAAGGAGACAUAUCCGAAUCGGGAAGAGAAGGUGGUCAUUGCGGCAGAUGUCACAUUUGCGGACUAUGUUGAGAAAAUAACAUCGACACUAGCGGAGCAGGAAGGAUAUACAAACUUAUUUGCUACAUCUGUGGUUCAUAAUCCCUCGUCCCCGAUCCCGAACCGAACCGUGCCCGGCUCCGUUAGUGACAAGCCCGAGUCGCUAAGGGAAUGGCAACUGUUUCACAUCUCUAACCCACCGACUGCGCUUCUCCUCACGCUUUCGUCUCGAGUUGCUACUAUUCACAUUUAUUCAACAGAUGAGGAAUCAGGGCAACACGUCACAGGCACUAGAAAACCACUCCUCGCCUCCACAGCCAUCACGCUGCGGCGUAGAUACGCCAUCCUAACUUCACUCAGCACGGUUCCCAUCUUUGGAGUCCUGAUAAAUACGUUGAGCGUCAAAAACUAUCUUCAUAUAGUGGAGCAUGUCAAGGCCCAGAUUGCCGCAGCUGGUAAGAAGAGCUACAUGUUCGUUGUCGGCAAGCUGAAUGCAGCCAAGGUAGCGAAUUUCAGUGAAAUAGGCGGUUGGGUUGUGAUCGGAUGCUGGGAAAGCUCACUUGUGGAUAGCAGCGACUUCUGGAAACCUGUGAUCACACCGUUUGAGUUGGAGCUUGCAUUGAAGAGCGAUAUGGAUCGCGUGUGGACGGGCGAAUGGCAGAGCGAUUACCAGGCGAUUCUGGACAUUACAAAAGCUAGUAACAGUAUUCAGAAUCCUGGCCAAGACAUCCCCCAGGACCACCCGACUAGCGAUGCCAAUUCCGACGACGAUGGCGAUGAUGUUGAUGCAGGGUCUGAAGAGGAGUCGGCUCCUCCAGAGUUUGAUUUGCGCACAGGGCGUUAUAUCUCUGUGUCCAGCACCCGCCCGAUGCAGCCAUCUUCAGUGCCUACUUCUUCCAAUACACCAGGCCCAUCCGCACAGGCUGGAGGAUCAAAGGCUCUUGCCAAACGGCAAAACGCUGACUUGGCGACCAUAAACGGAGUGCUAUCUCCAGGGGCAGAGUUUCUUCGUUCACAGAGAACGUGGCAAGGACUGGGGAGCGAUUUUGAUAUCAGAUAUGAAGAAGAUGGGGAACAGGGUGCGGCGGUUGUGGAAGGACGUAGCGGGAUUGCCCGUGGCUACACUGUGGGAGAAAUCGAGAAUAGACAUUAG